UUUUUGUGAGGAUGAUAUAUUGAAUUUUGUUUUUUAUUUCAGGCUUGGUCCUUGUGAGUUGCAGGACCCUGUGUGGGCCAAGAUGAGCGCCUUGGCCACCGGGGUCACAAAGAAAAGGAAAAAAUCCGAAACGAAACCUCAGGCGCAAAUCAACAAGUGCAAUAAUGAGAAACGUCGCCGCGAGCAAGAAAACAUCUACAUAGAGGAGCUAGCCGAGCUGAUAUCGGCGAACAUAGCCGACAUGAGCUCUCUGUCCGUGAAACCGGACAAGUGCGCCAUCUUGCAGGAGGCCGUGAAUCAGAUCCGCAGCAUCAAGAGGGCAGAGGCCGCGGCGCAGGCCGCGCAAGGGGGCGGCGCCAACGCCGUUGCCAUGGUUACCGCCCAGUCGGGGGGCGGCGCCGCGCAACCGGUAGCGCAGCAGCCGGCCGUCGCAGCCGAUCCCGUGCAACAGGGGGAAGUGUCCUCGUCCAGGCCUACCAUCCUGUCCAACGAGGUGUACGGACCAUUACUCCUUGAAGCGCUCGAAGGGUUCCUUUUCGUAGUCAACAGCGAGGGGAAGGUGGAGCACGUAACCGAGAACGUCUCGACGUACAUAAAAUUCACCCGCGAGGACGUGCUGGGCAAGAGCAUCUACAACUUUAUCCACCACGGCGACCACGCCAAGUUCCAUACGAACCUGCUGCCCAUGGCGAUCGAAUGGGGCGGGGGCGGGUCUGGAGGUACCGGAAGCGGCGACCAACAGCCCCCUUCAGGCACCAGGUCCAGGUCCAUCGACAUCCGAUUGUUGGUCAAGCCGACCGAGGAUACCGACGAAACGCUGGAGGAGAAGCAGCAACGCGUCAGCUUCUACGAGCUGAUGCACAUCUCCAGCACCCAGCUCAAGGACAACCUGUCCGUCUCCGAGGAGGACGGGAGCGAUUCGGGGCCAUGCUUACUCUGCGUCGCUUCCAGGAUUUCCCACAGGGACAAGAUCUCAUGCAGUAUCGAACAGUUUACUACGAAGUUGGAUACGGGAGGCAAAGUUAUCUGUGUUGACACCUCAGGGGUUUCAGAAUCGGUAGCUCAAACGAUAAAAAAGGAGUUGAAGAACCGACAACUAAGAGAGCUGGUCUUGCAGCAGGAUCUGCAAAAGUUGAACGCUCACCUCAGGGAGACUGUGAGUACCGGCCAAUCCACGAGCGCCCUCUAUCGACUGCAGAUCGGCACAGACAAGUACGUCCAGGUGCAGACGAAAUCCAAAUUUUUCAAAACGGUACCGCACGCCACGAAUGAUUCAGAUUUCAUCAUGGCCACGCAUUCGAUUAUUAGCGAUAACGACAGCGGCGUCGGUCCGACGGACCCAGGCGGAGGCGGAGGCGGCACGAACACAUGCACCACCCCCACGCCGAUAUCAGCCGGAGGCAGCGUGGGCGGUCCGCUCAUGACGAGCGUGGUAAACGGUACGGCCGGCCCGGCGGCCACCGCAGCACCGCCUCCACGGACCAACUCCAACGGCCCGCCCCCAGACUCCUCGGCCUUGCUCCAGUUCACGCUAGACAGCGAAUUCAACCUAGACUUUAACUUCCCGACGUCCUCGUCGUGGGACCUCGACGGCGGGUGGCAGACGGAGACGGCGACGGCGCCUGCGUCUGUCAGCAGGCCGAGCAGCAGGACGAACACGCCCACGACGCCCACCAGGCAACAGGGAGGCGGCGCCAGCGGGGAUCCUUAUGCCAGCGGACAGUCGCAGGUACAAUCCUCCCCGUUCGGCGGCCACCAACCGCUUCCCAGCCCGGUGACGAAUCCCGCCACGCCGGCGUCCGCCUCUUCGAACCACUACCCGGGCAGCGGGGGCGGUUUCCCCUUCUCCCCUUUGACAGAACAACCGUUCCCACCUGCUGAAGAACAAAAAGACUCCAAAGUGGGGGUUUUGGAGGAGGCGGCCGUCAUGGCUGCUGCUGUUUCCUCGGAGUCUACGAGACUAAGGAACCUGUUGCUGAAACCGAGUGAAGAUAAAAACAGGGAUCGCAUAUUGAAGGAAUUGCUCAAGGAAGAAGAUGAUGGUAUGAAGAACGCAGGGCCGAGAGGGUUGCUGGGCAGGGCGAUGGUGGGAGGGGCUUGCGAGACGCCGAAGGCUGUCGCGUCUGGAACGGGCAACAACAUGCUCAGACAGCUGCUAAACGAAAAGAGCGACGAAGACGACGCCGAAUCUCGCGCAGGCGGCGUGAAGAAAAAGAGCGAACUGCUUCAACAACUGCUGAAAUCAGAACGAGACGCCGGGGGCGGCGAUGACGAUAAGCGGGAGGGCGGAGCCAACGGUCAUGGGGGCGGCGGGGGGCAGUGCCAGGAUGACACGCUGCUCAGGAGUCUGGGAUUUCCGCCGUCACCAGGUAGAAAAAGACAGGGAGAGGACAAGGAUGAUGCCGGGCCUGCUGGGAAGAGGCAUAGCGAUGGAUCGCAGGUUUCAUCCUCAGGGACCGGCAACAGUCUACAAGAACGUAAUAAAUUGCUAGCUACACUACUAGCCAAACAACCGACCAAUCACCAACCCAUCCCUCCUAUACCAGCUAGCGUCAUCAGUGCCACACCUCAGGAAAAACUGCCACGUAUUACCGACCCCAACAAGUCCAUCCAGAUGGCCAUGAGCCAACCCCAAGGAGCUACACUUAAUAACAGAAUGGGCGGAAUGAACCGAAUGGGACCAGGCAGGCCUCCUCAACACUCUCAACAGCAACAACAGCAAAACUACCUCAAUUCCGUGCUGGCCGCAGCUGCCAACAGACAGCUCAGUCAACACCAACAAUGCUAUUCCUCACCGGCUACCUCUACCACAGACGGAAGUGCCACAGGCUGGGACUCCAGCGGCCUAGGCAGCCCAUCCGUCUCCGCCUCAUCGGCCGUAGCACCCUCCGUGUUGACCGCCAACCAAGCGGCGGACCCCCUGCUCUCCGAAAUCCUCGAGCAAGUGAUCGACAUCGUCCCCGACGACCUGAUGCACCUGCUAGAUGGAGCCACAGGCACUACGGGCAUCUCCUCCGACGGCCAGCAGCUCAGCCUCAGCGAGACAGCGGCCAUCAACAUGAUCCAGAGGUCGCUGAUGCAAUGCGAAUCGGUGAUGGUGAAGACCGGGCAGGGAGGUGGUGGAAUGGCCACGCCCCCAGCGUAUUCUACCGCGUUGGGACAGCAACAGGGGGUGUUUCCGCCCCCACCGAACUACUCGCAGGCGAAAUUCCAAAGGAUGCAAAUGAGAACAGCUGCAGCAACUGGUCAGCCGUAUCCAGCUAACAUAACCAACCAGUUGUUGUUGCAACAGCAACAGAGGAAACAGUUACUUCAACAGCAACAAGAACAUAAAAGGAGGUUGUUGCUCCAACAGAAGCAGCAGCAGCUGCUGAUUCCAUCCAACGCAGCAGCUGCAGGGGAGAUAGGAACCAUGCAGAACAUUGACAGUUUGAUGAAUACGACUGUUGCGCCGAACGUCUCUCUACAGAGAUCAUCUAGCGUACCUGAUCAACAACUUUCACCGGGUUAUGGAACACAAAGGCAACAGGCGCAGCAACAACAGCAACCCUACUCGCCGCACUCUCAACUAGCCUCACCUUUGGGCGGCGCCCAGUUCUCCGGGGGCGGCCAAUCAGGCGCAGGGGCGGUGGUGUCGCAAGCCAACGCAGUCGCCGCCGCCGCAGCGGCUGCAGCCCGACUGUCACCUCAGGCGCAGUUCACCGCGCAGCUGUCUCCCAGAGGGGCGUACCCGCAAGCCGCCACAGCUGUCAGCUGGCAACAGCAGCAGCAGAGGCAACAGAAUCCUAUGCUCAGCGCGCAGCUGACGCGGCCACCUCAACAGAGUCAACAGCAACAGCAACGCGCCCUGAACAGUCCAUACCAGGCUGACCAGUUCCCUCCUCCCGCCUCGCCGACCUCCGCGUUCGGCGGACAGUACCUGAGACUGCAACGCACCAACAGUGCGCCAACUGCUACUACGCAACUACCGGGUGCGCUGGGCUCGCCCAGUGGCCGGUGCGGUGGUUCGUACUCGUCGUCGCCCUCUUCCACCCCCUCCUCAUCCUCCUCCCGUGAACACCCCCAACAGCAGCAACAACAGCAGCAACACCAACAACACCUUCCCCAUCAUCAACCCCACCCACCGCACUAUCCCGCCCCGCCUCCGUUGGCCUCCCAUCCGCACCCACACAAUAUGUACCCCCACCAUCCCGGGGAACCGCCCCACAACCAGUACUGCCACCAGCAGUACCACGAGCAGGCGGCGAUGGCAGCGGCGUACAACGGCGGACACCAUCCCGCCGCGCCACGCCCCCUGCAUCAGGGCAUCCCAACGAGUGUAUCGAGCGCAGUCCAAUCCCAACAGCAGCAAGCGGCCGCGGCAGUGGCGGCAGCUGCAGCGGCCGCAGCAGCUGCCGCUGGCGGUCCCACUUCUGAAUUCGUGCGGCAAGAACUGCGCGCCGUGGUGGGCGCUCGCACUCAACAACAGCAGCAACAACAGCCGACGGUCAGGCCGCAACAGCAGCCACCUCAGCAGCAACCUACCGUCGGCGAUCUCGAAAGCCUCGGCAUCACUUUUGAAAUGGGUGGGAGUGAUAGCCCGAAACUUUGGGGCACGAUGGGGUCAGAUAUGAGCUCAAUGUCUCCUCCGCAGCAUCAAGCAGCGACCUCCAGGACUACUAUGGAGGAAGCCCGACAAGGUGAUCAGAAGUCGUCGUUGCUUCAAAAGUUGCUGUCCGAGUGACCACGUGUAAAUAAUUGAAAUAUAUACUACUAGGUACCUCAUUGGUCAUGUACCACGCAGGCUGUAAUACUAGAAAGGUUAGCUGACCGUUGUUUUUUGUGUCAAGAUGCACAGUGGUGUGACUUUGACGCGCCUAACGAUGACUCAACUCAUCACACUCAUAUUAAAUUUCUAUACUUGCGUUAGAUGUACACAUUAAACGAAAAUACAUUCGGUUCUAAAUUACUGAAAUACAUAAAAUCAUGCAACAUCGCUUUCUGGAAAAAGAGGAAAGAUACCUGCAACGCGAAUGUAAAUGUCAAACAAGAAAGAUUUGUAAUUUCCUAGUAGCAAUUUGAUAAUGUUGGAGCUUAAUUUGAUAAUUUUGCAGAUUAGUUUGUUGUAUCAAAAAAAAUCUUUAAAAAAUAACUGAUUUACUAACAUAAUAACCUAUGUUAGAAAAUAACAAAUUCCAGUAAGGCUCAACAGUACCCUAUCUGUUCCUAUGUAAACGUACAUCCAUAGUGUUAUCGACAUGUACCAGAGUUUGAAAGUUACGGGCUUCAUAGAUAGAAACGUUUUGAAUUCUUUGCCCAAUUUUUUUUCAGAAAAUCUAUUGCAUAGUAGUUUCGCAGUUCUAUAAUCACUUCUCUCCUUUUUGAGAUAUAAACAAGCAAUUUAGAAACACGAUUGAUAAGGUGCUAAUUCAGAGGACCUUUUUAUUUUUAUCUCAAAAAACAAGAUUAAAUAUUUUUCACAACAUUUUUAAUGCAAGGGGUUUCUUUCUGUUAAGCAUUUUAUUACACCCAAAUGUCUUGCAUAUUUCAAAAAAUAAAUGUCACGAUGGAACUACGGAUAUAUUUCUAGAUUGGAAUAGAUAAGGGUACUCAGGAGCCCAGAGUUAACAAACUUGCCACAUCUGGUGUCCAAUAAAAUAGUCAAUGUCUUAACCGAUUUAAUGUUGAAGAUAGCUUUGACCUCAGGUUCCGCUUAAAAAAAGGACAGCAAAAGGCUGCGCUUUAAGGGUAUCGGCACCUUUAUCACCGAAAAAAUUACGACACGUUUGGACAAUAAGCGUUGCUGUCAAACGCAAAAUUCGUACUACGUAUCGUCUACUGUUACUAGAUUACCGACCAAUUAUAAUGACAGAACAUCCGUCAAGUUAUUUUCAGAUUCUCUGCUGCAAAAAUUCCUCGGUAAUAAAGCUGCAAAUAAUUAUACGUAGUACGAAUUUCGUGAUUGGUAACAGCAUAUGCUGACAUUAGAGUUGUAAUGUCUUACAUGAUAGGGUGUGGAUCUUGAAGCGUAAUAUGGAAUGGGUACAUGUUUUUGAAGGAUGAUCUAUGUGUUAAAGUUGAUAUGACGAUAAUUUAUUGUUAGGUGCAUCAAAGUCACAUCGGAUUAGUUGUCACUGGAGUUGGAGGAUAUGGGUCGACAGAAGAGAAUGUGGCGCGAGGUCAGGGUAUUUCUGUUAGCGAGUAAUUUAGCUGUCUAAAUAUUCGUACACAACGACAUUGUAUGUUUAAAUGUGUCUUAAGACUCUUUUGUCGUCGUCACCUAUUGUGAUCUCAGAUAUACAGUGAUAUCAAAAAUUACCUCAUGUCAUUCAUAGAAUUAUAUAUAGAUAGCUGAAGUUCAUUUGGCUUGCGAUUAUAUAACAAAAUAAUAGAGGUAUUUUUUUGGUAGCACACACAUAAUUUAUAUAUUUUAAUAAUUGUAAAUUGAUGUACGAUUUGUCUCCAAAGAUUGUGUUACAUUUUAAGGGUGAUACCGUUUGUAGUAAAUAGGCACACACGUACGAUAGGAUAUUUUGCUCAACAUAAUCGGUACCCUAUUAUAGUUCUUUUCAUUGUUUUCGGCAGUUAUAUCACAAUGCCACGCGGAAUCAGAUAAACUCCAAUUAACUUCCUAAAUGGUGGUUGCAUACUGCGUAAGCCAAACUGUAACGCAACUGCUACUCGUCGUUGCACAGACAAAUGAAUUGGGUAAUAGAGGACGGUACUUACCCACUUUCUGAAAAUAGUUCUAAUACAGACUUUCGACACUGUAGUCACUAACUGUGUUUUAUAUCGAGUAUCAACAUAGAUAAACACAAAUCACACGCCGAUGACAAGCAAAUGUGGAAGAACCAUACCUUGACCAGAACAUUUUCAUGGCGAUGAUACUGAACUAAAAACCUUUUGUCGUUUACAUAAACGUCCGUGUAUACAGGCCGAUGACAUGUGUAUGUGUGAGGGAGAUGGCUGCAUGGAAGAAAUCCUGUAGUUUUCCGAAAAAAGAUCUAUACGUCAGGUUGCAAUUUUUGUAAAAUUCAUACUGCGAACUAGCUAGUGUUGCUUAUUUGGAGAUAUUAUAUUCGAUCAUAUAUCCUCCGCCAAAUCAGCGGACAUAAACCAUGCUAGCGAACAGCAGGUUGCAAUACUUCCAAACUUUUGUCGUAUUAAAAUGAUUUCUCAACUUUUGCAUAUGCCGAUAGGUUCACAAAAGUUCGAAUUUCGAUUACGAUUUGAUCCGAAGCCCGCAUCGCACUGAUAAGUCCCACAAGGACGAAACGGAAUCGUCUGCGAUUGGUAUCGGAUUCACGCCGGAAAUUAUCUGUAUCCAGAAAUAUUUCAGUACCUCCUUACAUGAAGGCACUAAAGUGAAGGCAGGAUAACGAUGCAAAUAUCAUUUUCGGCAAAAGAGUGUAUAGAAAUCCGUAGAAACUGAUUACCAUACGGUGUGCUAAUACCUAGUACAAAACGGAAUGUUUUUUUUUUCAUUAAACCUGUUAAAUUCCUAAAUAUAAAAAAUCGCACUAAGUAGCAACAUUUCCAAGAUUUUAGACCGAGAAGUUUGAUAUAAAAAAAAGAGGUUCUAUCAGUGAUUUUACGAUUAUUUAUAUGCCGUUUAUACGCAAGCGUACAUAUAUUAAAGGUCUUAGUAGCGAACAAUCAAAGUACUUUUAGUUAUCGAUAUUUGAAACUCAUUACAGAUGCCUGAAUAAAGAUCUACUGGCCUACUUUGAUAGCAAGUGCCAUGAAAUUAAUUAAAAAACAUAUACGAUUUUAAAUUCCUAUUAUAUCUAAAAUAAACUCAAUGGAUCCUAGGCGGCGGUAUAAAAAGUACCCCAAAAAUCAGUGAAACUACUCAUUGCACCUUUGCCUUUGACAGCAGCGGUUGCUGUAAACCGUAUUGAUUUCUUUACGCGAGUGCCGUUCUUGACCUAACUUUCUGCAGUAAAAAACAACAAAUCUGUGUACAAAUCACGUCAUAUUAUGUAGAGCAAAAUGUCACUUCGUCCUGUAUCGCCUAUAUUGUUACAUUCAAAAGGUGAUACCGCAUGUACUGAUGGUACUCAUCAGAAUCGGUCGACGUGUAUUCUUAGUGUGCAACUCUAUAUAUCUCUCUCUCACUCUCUUCUCUCUGUAUCUCUCGAGGUAUGUGUUGCUGUUGUCUCCGACACACAUACACACACAAACACACAGACAAGUGAUGCGUGAUGGACACGAUGAUGACUGGUCGUCGUUAUUUAGGGUGGUAGUGCGCAGCGUCAGGGAAGGCACAGGGCCAGAGUGCAAUUGUACAUACUACUGGACACUUGUUCGUAUUUAUCAUAGUAUAUUUUAUUAUUGGACUUGUUUGAAAUUGACGUAUACGCGCUCCGACUGGCCUAACAUUUCGAUUCAAGCUCGAACUAACUUUCGGCAACCAGGAAGCUCAUGUUUCAGUCAUAUGCCAUAAAAUAUGUGUAUGUGUAAGGUCUGUGCAGUUAUUUCGGAAAAUUCAGGGCUGUUGAAAAACGACAUGUCUUUCGAUUUUCCUUCGUUUUACCACGUUUUUCCAUCAAAAUUUUUCGUUUUUCCGCCAUUAGCUUAAAAAAAGUUGGGAAUUAUGGGCUCAGUUCACGUAUCCCCGAUUUUCCAGAUUAUUUCAUCAUUACCCAACGUUUAUUCAUCGUUUUACCACGUUUUCCAGCAAACAUUUUACGUGUUUCCACCUUCAGAGGGGCAAAUCUUGGAAAAAAUAACCAGGUUUAUGUGAAGUUAGCCGACAAUUAGACAGAUUACAAAAAUGAGUACAUAUGAAUUUUCCAUCGUUUUGCCUCGUUCUUCCAACCAAAUUUUUGUUUUUUCCGCCAUUGAAUAACGAAAAAAUGAGAAAUGAUUUUUUGUGUCAUUUGAGGUUAGCCUGAAAAUUUCUGACGAAAAUCCCCACGAAUUCGUUUCUUUACAGCCUAAGACUUCUUUAUUAUCCUACUAUCUAGUCUUUUCACCACAAAACAGCUUUUUCCACCUGACUAAUAUGGAAAAUUGAGAACAAGAAGUUAGGGUCACACAUAAACAGUCUACAUUUACUGAUACUUUUGAAUAUCUGUCGAGGCUACAUGGAAAUUAUCAUAAAGCGUUUUCUCAUCCUACCACUUCAAUUUUCCACCCGAAACGUUCGUUUUUCCACCUGUGGUUAAUGAGAAAAAAUUAAAAUAACUGAUCAGGCUUACACGUUGAUAGACUCAAUUAACUCCUUCAUUCAUUUAAUUCAGGCAACGCCCAGAAUUUUUAUUUUCAAUUUUUUCAAGUUAAUGGUGGAAAAACGAAAAAUUUUAGUGGACAAACGCAGUAAAACGAUGUAAAAUUGUAUGGCACGCCGUUUUUUAACAGCCCUGAAUUUUCUGGGCUAACUUCACAGACCUUGUGUAAAUAUGAUGUUUUAGGCAAGCCCGGACAAUGCUUUCCAAAAAAAAAGCCCGUUCGCAGCUGGAGACGAUCUCUAUGCUGCAUCUUUUUCACAUAUACAUUGAGGGCGCAGCUGAAAAGCAACUUUUAAAACAAAGGUUUACAAUAGCAAUACCUCCUGAAAUUCUACAGGAACUGUGGCCACAUUAAAAAUUUUGAUAUUGAUUUUGAGCUUCACUUAGCAGUUUUCAAAUUUUAAAUCGCUUAUAUCUCGAAAACUUGAGUUUCGAUAAAAGUUCAUAAAAAUCUGUUUUGGUGAGAAUGGCACAAAAAAGUAAAAAGUCUUCGUAGUGGAAAAAUCAAUUUUUUGAAUUUGUUUAUUAAAGUGUUUAAACCAUUUUUGACGCAAUUUUGAGCUUGGCAACAUGCAUAUUCGUUAAAAGAUGCCAAAAAAUCGAAUUAGAAUAUUCUUCCGAUCAGACGCAUAGACAGUUGUUGAACUAAAUAACUAAAACUUCAAAUUUAAAUUAAAUACAUUUGUGGUAGGCUAGGUAAGCAACCUUAAACAAUUUUCAUUGAUAUUAACUUCGAUAUAAACUUCAUUUGAACCUGAGCCUAAGUAUAAAGUACCAUCACCUCCAAACUUCUCAGUGAUAUGUCAUUUUUUAAAUGCCCAUCCUAUCCAACUGAUAUUCAUAGUAAGUUAUCUCAAUGGAAUACAAAAGAAAUAAAAUAUGACUGAAACAUUAAAAAAUUGCCAGUUGCUGGACAACAGUUUAUUCUUUUAUUUUGUGAUCAACCCUAUUCUUUCCCUCCCUCACUACCCCAACCUGGUAUGUUCCAAAAAUGUCAGAUGAAAAGGUGUGAUCAGAGAUAUGAUGCAAAUGACAAAUGAGAAUUUUGAAAUAUGAACACCAAAGUACAAAAUAAAGCCCAGUUUCAUGAUUAUAACAAAAAAUGUUGUUGAAAUAUCAUAACCAAACACAAAACCAGAAAAUGGUCUAUUCAUCUGCCUCAAAAGGUUACCACCUGUGUCUUAUGUCAAAAUCAUUUUCAUUUGCAUUUAUCGCCAACAGAAAUGGCCAAUUUGUGAUUUGUUAAUUUUAAAUGUUAGGUUACGACUUCUGCUGUUUUUGGGACAGACCAUGCUGGAGUGUGCGAAUCGUGUCUGUUAGGCCAAUUCAUUGGGCAUAAAUUGUUAUUUUGGAUGUGUUUAGUGUCGUCUUCCUUUCAGUGGAUGUUAAGCUACGCAUUACCAGAAAUUUGAUGAAAAAACUGUUAAUAUUUUAUACAUAAUUUAAAGUAUGUUACUUGAAAACCCGUUUUGUUGAACAUUGUGAUAGGCAGACAGCCAUGUUAACUGUUAACUAGGCACGACCUAGAUCUUUUUAGAAAUUAAGGAGGAGGCAAAGGUAGCUGUUCAUACAAUUUUAAGCAGUUUUUAUUUUUAUACUUGUCGGGCUGUUUUAAAAGCAGACGCACCCCACAAGCUUUUCUGGAACUUACGAGGCACAUUCAUCGAAAAAAAAAAUAUUUUUUACAUUUCACAGUUUUUAUUUUGAUGAUUCCAAAAAAUAAAUAGAAAAAAUUUGGAACUGACAUGAGGCAUUUUUAUGUUUGGGUUCGUUUUUUAUUUCACUCAAAAAUCUUUGAAGUUGAUUCUUGAAGCUAGAAAGCAAUUUUUUGUCAUAACUGACUUGUUGGGUGCUUAUGUGAAAAAUUGUUUUUGCCAAAGUUGUACAUUAUCAAUUUUUAAUAUAGAUAUUUAUAUGUUGUUACUUUUACAC